AUGCCUCGCCCACCUUACCCCCUGUGGGAGCUAUUUGACAAGCUAAAGAUCCAUCCAAGCUGGGGAUAUAUUAUCUAUCGUACAACCUACUCCUCUGAAUCUGACGCACACUUCUCUACCGUGAUCAAGUAUCUCGAGGCCUGCAUCAAAAAGUCGUUCUUUGCAGAAGCAGCAGAAUGUGCAAACAAAAGCACCGGGGUAGAUCCUGCGAUUUACGAAGGAAUAUGGGCUCGACACAGCCUUACUGUUAUCGAAGAUGUGACGCAGUUUGAUAGGGCAUCAAUCGAUUCGAUUCGCGCUCGCUUCGAGGAGUGGGUAGAUGCACAGCACCAGCGUGAUAAAUUCAACAAAUAUCGAAUGUGUAUCGUUAUUGAUGAGGAAUGCCCCCGGACGCUACUAGGUACAUCGGCGGAGGCUCUGGAGCAGGAAAUAGAGUACCAUCGAGAUGAUACUAUACGGUAUGUGAAGGUUGUCGAAGCGUGGCCGGAAUUGACGAAUAUGACGACUUCCCCGGAUGGAUGA